UAUCAUCAGCUUAGGGGACUGCGAGUCGAGAGAUCGUUAUGCUCUCCGUGCACUGACGGAAGCUCCACACCGGGCACGAAUCUCAGCCAUACUCGGUCUCGACGUUCUUCACUUUUUUUUCGAAUCCCUUCAGCAGUCGAUGGUGUUCCGCGUACCGGAUUUCGUUGCGAUUAAAUAGUGCACCAAAGUUCUUGUCCAGUGGAUCGAAUCUUCGUGAAAUUCGGCUCGCCCGGACAUCCAAUUGUUCGUAAUAAUAUUCUUGUGCAUCUUUUCGCUGCGGGGAAUAAAUCCUUACGAAUCAUCAUAUUAUCGGAAACUGAAGUCUGGGAAACAAGGAAAUUCAAGAAAUAAAUGUAAAAAAAUGAGGUGAAGAACAAGUUAUAAACGAGAGGAACACGAGGACUGGAGACUCGAGACGUGAGAGAGUGAUUGAGCGAAUUUGAGGAUGCCUUCGUGCGAGACAUCCGGUCGGGUCAGGGUGGACAGAUCGACGAGCCCUCUUCCUCAAAGACCGGCGAAUCCGGUGCAGGAACUCAAAGCUCUUUUCUCGGAUCCUCAUUUGAGUAGAGUCACGAACGGUGGUAGCGAACAGCAGCAACAGCAUCACGAGUUUCGAUUGGAAGCUGUACAAUGUCUGCAGAUCGAAGAGGCCAAAAAAAAAGAUGAAGAUUUACCGGAACGUGGAAGUUGGACCAGCAAGGUGGAGUUCAUCCUGUCAGUAGUUGGAUUGGCGAUUGGAUUGGGAAACUUAUGGCGCUUUCCAUAUCUCUGCUACAAAAAUGGCGGAGGUGCUUUCAUGGUGCCUUAUUUCAUAGCUCUGGCUCUCGCCGGAAUACCAAUGUUUCUCAUGGAGUUGUCGCUGGGUCAAAUGAUGACGAUCGGAGGACUCGGCGUUUUUCAAAUAGCUCCAAUAUUCAAAGGAAUUGGAUACGCUACCUGCGUUCUGUCCUGUUGGACCAACAUUUACUACAUCAUCAUUUUGGCCUGGGCACUAUUUUACUUCCUAGUUUCUCUUCGUUCUGAUGUGCCAUGGAGAACUUGCGACAACGCUUGGAACACUCAAUAUUGCAUUACACCGACGGAACGUUUAGCAGCCGUGUGCUGGCCCAAAGGAAAUGACACUAUAUGUGCAACUUCUAUUGGAAAUUUGAGCCACUGUCUUCUCAAGGAUCCAGUUAAGGAAUUUUGGGAGAGACGCACUCUUCAGAUUUCAAGUGGAGUUGACGAGGUCGGAGGGAUUCGAUGGGAGUUGGCAGGCACACUGGCCGUUGUUUGGAUAAUGUGUUACUUCUGCAUUUGGAAGGGUGUCAAAUGGACUGGAAAAGUAGUUUAUUUCACCUCACUGUUUCCGUACGCGUUGCUCGCAGUACUUCUGGUCCGAGGUCUUACUUUACCCGGUGCAGCUGAGGGUUUGAAAUACUACGCGACCCCGAAUCUAUCAAAACUUGGUGAUCCUGAGGUUUGGAUCGAUGCAGUGACGCAAAUUUUCUUCUCCUACGCCCUUGGUCUCGGUGCGCUCGUGGCUCUCGGCAGUUACAACAAAUUUAACAACAACGUCUACAAGGAUGCGUUGGUCGUAUGCAUGGUGAAUUCGGGUACGAGUAUGCUCAGCGGUGUCGUUAUUUUUUCUGUUGUUGGAUUCAUGGCACAUGAACAACAGAAACCGGUAGCCGACGUCGCCGCAUCGGGUCCUGGAUUGGCUUUUCUCGUAUAUCCUUCAGCAGUUCUACAAUUGCCUGGUGCUCCGGUAUGGUCGUGUCUGUUUUUCCUCAUGUUGAUUCUCAUCGGGUUAGACAGUCAGUUUUGUACCGUCGAAGGAUUCAUAACAGCCGCUGUGGAUGAGUGGCCAAAACUUUUGAGAAAGCGUAAAGAAAUAUUCAUCGCAAUUGUCUGCUUUUUGUCCUAUUUGAUCGGACUUUCUUGCGUUACCGAAGGUGGAAUGUACGUUUUUCAAUUAUUAGAUUCGUACGCCGUAAGUGGGUUUGUUCUACUGUUUCUAAUGUUCUUCGAGUGCAUUGCCGUCUCUUGGGCUUUCGGUGUCAACAGAUUUUACGACGGCAUUCGAGACAUGAUUGGUUAUUAUCCGUGCUUUUGGUGGAAAAUUUGCUGGACUUUUACGACACCAGCAAUUUGUGUGGGUGUUUUCAUUUUCAAUAUCGUCAAAUUUUCACCUGUCAAAUAUUUAACGUACACGUACCCCUGGUGGAGUCACGUUCUCGGAUGGAUGGCAGGACUAUCCUCGAUGCUGUGCAUCCCAGUUUACAUGAUUUAUAUAUGGUGCGUAACUCCUGGAACAACUUCGGAGAAAUAUCGAAAAUUGGUGAAAAUCGAUGACGACAUUGCGACCUUGAGAGCUAAAUUGAAUCCUACAAAAGCUGCUGAAAUAAAAAGCGAGUUCAAUUUAUAGCGAAAAAUUUGCCGGAAUGUGAGACUCUACAAAUCGCAUGUAUGUUUGCCAGUGUUUACAGUGCGAAGACAGGUGUUUUGAGUUGAAAAAAUUGAGUUAUAUUUCAUUAUAUGCUCAAAAUAUGGUCAAUCAAUAACUAUAAUGCAAAAUAUUAAAAUCAACGAAUGAAAUGGAAACGAUGGUGUCGGAAUAGUCGUCGAAAAAUGAUAAAAUUCGUUCAGAAAAGGAUAUUUGAAGUGAGAUAAACGACAUUUUCGUAAAAUUGGCUCGCCUAAAUUUUAUUUAACAAAUUACAUUAGAAAACAAAAUUGUCAGAUCUCAGGAUCAGAGAAAGGUCUUAUCCGAACGCGAGGAUUGACCGAAUUGGCCAAUUCAUAGAACAGGGAAAAAUUGAACUCGUACCUCGAACGAUGGAUCAACUUAUUUUUAAUAAACGACUUUCUCAUUUU